AUGGGUAAUAGCUGGUGGCUGAACACACCCUUGCUGACUUGGGCCCGUUCCAUGUUGAGGUCCUUAGGGAGCAGUCUUGGUCUUCUAAGGGUUAACAUGGCAGAAGGAAAUAUGAAGUUGUUUUCAAGAGGGGAUGAAACCUUUGAAAACCGGCUAAUCCAAGACAGUAGGGUCCUGCCAGAUUGGAAUAUAUCUGAGGAGGAAAAGCUCAAGCACCUGAUGAAAACCCUUAGAAGCCCUGCUCAGGCAGUUAUGUAUUUGCUCCAGGCAGCCAACUCCAGCCCAAGUGUGGCAGAUUUCAUGCAAGCAAUGAAAUUGGUGUCUGGGGAGUCUGAAAGCAGUGUGACUCUUGCUCAUGGUAAAUUUUUAAACACCCUACAGGAAUAAGGGGAGAAAGCCUCCCUUUAUGUGAUGCAUUUAAAGGUGCAGCUCCAGAAUGCUAUUCAGGCAGAGAUCAUAGCUAAGAAAGAUGCAAACCAGACUAGCCUGCACCAGCUCCUUGUAAGGGCUGAACUGAGUGGGGACCUGUUCUACAGGCUGAAGCAUCUCCUCAGGAUGUAUGCAAAUAAUCAGGAGAAUCUUUUCAAUUUCCUGGAGUUAAUCAAGAUGAUAAGGGAAGAGGAUUGGAAUAAUAAUUUUAUGAAGCAAAAAGAGGUCAAGAGAUCUGAGCUAAUCAUGGAGAGGGCAGCAAGCCAUGUGGCAUUUCAGGGCCUGCAAGCAGUUGUGAUCAGCAGUGCUGACUGCAAUGUAAUAGAGCUAGAUGAUAUCCUCAGUGACUCAGAUGAGGAUUUGAUCCUGGUGGAACCUCCACUUCCAUCCAUAGGUGCCCCUCCCCUCAGAGAGAAGGCCAGACCUCAGGGUCAAACACUGGUCAUUGAUUCUGCCAACAGUUUCCAGGUUCAAUCUCCUUCCAUCAGUGGUGCUUCUGGGUAGAAGAAUAAUGAUCCUGGGGAUAUGCAUAGAACGGGGAAGCAAAGAUACACAAGCUGCUGUUAAUACUGUGACAUGGACAGUCACUCCAAGGAAACCUGUGACAAUGAGAGAAACACCCAGGUAUUUGAGAACCUAAUUAUCACCUUACGUGAGCUAUACGUUACAGAGGAAGAGUCAAAAGAGGUCCCUGGUGAACACAAUGACUCCUCUGAGCCACAGUAA